GCGAGGCAGGACGGCAAGUGUGAUACUGUAGAUACCUACCUAGAGUCUGCUACAGUAAGCCCAGCUGGUAAAGCAUCUGUUUUCGCCUCUUGCGUUGGUCAUUCCAUCCUACUUCGUCCCGUUCUAUUCCAUCCCACACCAUCUCCUCUCUGCAGUUCAGACUCGCCGUUAUAAACACGCAUCAUCAUCAUCGGCGCAUAGACUACCACCGCUUUCCCAAAGGUACCUCCUCUUGCUCAGAGAAUCCAGAAUAAUCUCGAUAUACCGUACUAUCAGGGCAAUUUGCUGCUUGACGAACACGGCCUCCUCGAUAGCCUUGAUCUAUCGGUCCAUCUCUCGGCCCAGAACCCUUGGCCGACAUGACCACACUCAAGUUUGCGCCCUUCUCAUCUGAGAUCGAGCUACCUUUCUACACGGCUCUUUUUGCCUCGAAACUCGACCAUGAUAAGUUGAGCGACUCGGCGCGCCCCGUCCUGGGCUUAUACGAACCCCGUCUCGGAGUGCAUCCCGACGAUAGCGUCAAGAUGCAGGUGCUGGCCAGUGCCCUCACCAGCACCACCGUACCCGUCAAUGCUGUCCGAGCUGAAGGCAUUAUCAGAAACACUAAUACCCUGGAGGCCUUCAAACAGGCAGAUAAGUCCGAGAUACUGAAUAAUGCCGCUCGCCAAAUCUGGGACGCGAUCAACGAUGGCACUAUAUAUUCAGUGCCUUCUCUUUUGGCCUCAUACGUCAUACUCUCUUACGCCGACCUAAAGAAGUAUCGCAUGACAUAUUGGUUUGGAUUUCCAACCCUCCCUUCAGACCCUGCAUGGAAGCGCGCCGGUGAGAUACAGCGCUUGACAUCAGCUGAAAGCACUGCUUUGGUUGAAAGAGUUGGCACAUGGCGAUACUCUGUUGAUAACAGAGAGUAUGGGUUCUUCUUAGCGAAAAAGGUGCGAAGCAAGCGGUCAUCAGCUAGCCUGGAUAACCCUUCCGAGGACAUAGGUUAUGACUGGGAUGUUGGUUCCUUGCGCGACUUCGAAACCGGAUUCUUUCUCGGGAUCCCGAAGGAGGACAGAUAUGUAGCCUUUGUGGACCCCUCGACAUAUGACGAACACCCUGCCUGGCCGCUGAGAAAUCUCUUGAUGUUAGUGAGGCAGCGAUACCAGCUCAGUGAAGUCCAGAUCCUUUGUUAUCGUGACAUCCAGGCACGCAGACAUGAGGCUCGGAGUAUCAUCAUGUCCUUACACAUGGACCCGGUCGAUGAAUUGGUCCUAUUAACAAUGCCCAAAGCCACAGGGUGGGAGCGUAAUCAGGCCAAUAAGCUAACUGCGAGAUCUGUCAGUCUUGCUGAGUCGAUGGAUCCGACUCGUCUCGCGGAUCAGUCAGUUGACCUUAAUCUGAAGCUGAUGAAAUGGCGAAUCUCGCCUGAUCUUAACCUUGAUGCCAUAAAGAAUACGAAGUGUUUACUCCUUGGUGCAGGCACACUGGGCAGUUAUGUGUCGAGAAAUCUAAUGGGCUGGGGGGUCCGCAAAAUUACAUUCAUCGACUAUGGUGCCGUAUCUUUUUCGAAUCCGGUACGACAACCUCUUUUCGUGUACGAUGACUGCCUCAAUGGGGGAGCUCCAAAAGCGAUCAGAGCGGCACAGGCCUUAAAGCAGAUUUAUCCUGGUGUGGAUAGUCACGGCGAAGUUCUAUCCGUUCCCAUGCUUGGCCAUCCAAUCGUGGAGAAGACUCAAGGCGAUUUUGAGAAGCUGAAAACUCUAAUCGAUGAGCACGACGCAAUAUUCUUGCUUAUGGACAGCCGGGAAUCGAGAUGGCUUCCUACAGUGAUGGGUAAAGCUGCUGGAAAGAUCGUCAUGAAUGCUGCGCUUGGUUUCGAUACCUACGUGGUCAUGCGACAUGGUGCCGAACCUAAAGACGGCAGCGACAGUACCCUGGGAUGUUACUUUUGCAACGAUGUAGUUGCACCUGGCGAUUCACAAAAAGACUUGACUCUUGAUCAACAGUGUACGGUUACGCGACCUGGCAUCGCUGCGAUUGCUUCUGCUCUUCUGGUCGAGCUUCUAACCAGUCUACUGCAACACCCCUUAGGCCACCAUGCUCCAGCUCCGGUGUCUUCAUCUGCGGCAACUCAGGAAGCCGACACCACUGAUGAAUAUGCUCUCGGGAUCGUACCCCACCAAAUUCGUGGGUUCCUCAACAGAUUUCAGAAUCUUGUCAUUAGGGGCCAGUCGUAUCCUUGCUGCAGUGCUUGCAGUCCACCUAUUAUUUCAGCAUAUAGGAAUGAGGGCUGGGAAUUCGUCAAGCAUGCCUUAGAGAAUAAAGAUUAUGUUGCUGAACUCAGUGGGCUGGCUGAGGUUCAGCGAAAAGCCGAGGCUAUGGCUGGUGAGAUUGACUGGGAAGACGAUGGAUCUACACACGGCGAUGAUGACGAAGGAGUACUAUUGUAGUUGAAGAUACUCUUCCGAAGUCACCACCUCCGUCGCAGCCGCCUACGAAGAACUCGCAUUGAACGAUUCAAGUACUGGAAACGACCCCGCUGGAAUGAGGUGAUCUGGGAUGGAAUGUUAACAGCAUCCACCACUCCGUUGGACUCGCCGUCUCAUAUUGCA